AUGCAGGACCAGGACACUGUCAACACCGCCUGGGGAAUCCUUGGCAUCUUCAGUACUUGCAUGUUCUUCGUGCUGACUCUUGGCAAAGAGUAUGCUCCAUUUCUGAGCUUCCUUCUCUUCAUCUAUGUGCCAACCAGUCAGAUGCAAUGCAGGUGGUGGGAAGGCGGCACUCUGCUACAGCAGACCCGCGGAGAGUGGUUCAACUGCUUCAGCAGCCUCGUUGCCCCGCAUUCACUAAUCCAGCUCCAGAGCUGGCAUGCAGAGUGGAGGAAUUCCAACACCUUCUCGCUGAGCAUGCAAGACAGCAUCAUUGUGGUCGCACCGCCGGUGGUUACCCGUGCGUACCAAGAGCUGUCCCGCGGCAUUGUGAAUUUACAAAAUGCGAGUAUUGCCAUGCUAUGCCUGCACUGGGCCCUUGUUCCCGUCCUUUGCAGCAUGCUUCUCGGAAGAGUUCUUGCAGCUUGCGUCUCCUUCGUUGUCAUUUGCUUUCUGUGGGCACAGAAUUUCAUUGCGCUGCAGCUCGAAUCACCUUUCGGCUGCGAGCCAAAUGAUCUGCCCAUGCAGCAGAUGCAAGGUGAUUGGAAGCUCGGAACACGAGUCUACGCGCUCUGUGCCGGUCUUACCAGUGUCACAAAUGGAGUCCUUUUUAUCCUUGCGGUGGUUACGGGAUUGAUGAAAGGCUCUGAAGCCAUGGAUGUUGACAUGCUAAGGGAGAACGAGAAACAUCAGGGAAAGCAGGAUGCCAGUUUCGAAAGGGAGCUGUCAAAGUUCUUGGCCCAUUGGUCGGAGAAGGAUGAGAAGCCCAUCCAGGAUGAUGACAAGAUUCUGCGGCCCAAGGUGGAGGUCCUCCCGCCACCGCUUCCCUCACUUUCCUCACCUCCGGCUCAGCUCGUUGCCCCGCCGACUCCGGCGACGCUGAACAGCAUGAAUGAAGCAGAGCAGGACAUCGCGCGAAUGCGGAUGAAAGCUCGUACAUACACUUCUACUGAAGGAAUCUGCGGCCCGCUCGCUGAGGGCUCUGUGACCUUGUUUGGCACUCCAAAGAAUGCCGCUACGGCGCGGCCUCCGAAAGGCGGAGUCACAGCGCAGCGCACCAGCAGCCUCGAUUCAGGGAACCAGGAGAAGAGCGAUGAAUCAAAGCAGGAUCCAGGCCCACCGAAGACCCUGGGCGUGGUGCCGCGCGAAGCACAUGGUCCAGGCGAGGAGAAGACUGAGAAGCGACGCGGUUCCAAUCGCGUUUCCAAGAGCGUAAGCAUGCGCGAGCCACGCAGCAUUUUCUUGCACCAAAUAACGAAUCGGGCAGGCGAGGAGGACGAGGAGGAUGAGGAUAUGGACGACCCGGACGAAGCGAUCCCAUGCAAAAAGGAGUCCUUGUGCACCUGCAUCCAGAAGAUGUGUCUUUGGCUGGUGUGCUUGGAGUACUUCGACUAUGUCAUGGGCAGCAUCCUCAAAGCUAAAGAUUCAUGA